UUAGAUUCUUUUACUUUGACAAAGUGCAUCAGCGACACGUGUUUUUGUUUUCGCAGUGUUCUAGAGGAAUUUUAAAUAAAUUUUUGGGCAAAAUAACUACCGCAGAAUGGGAAAAUUUCGUUCCAAACUGAAGCGCCACACUAAAGGCAAAACAUGGAGCAAAGGGCAGUCAUCUACUUCUAAUCCUGAGCAAAUGAGGCAUCGAUUAAAAGCCAAGUCGCGUUUCUUUCAGCCAAACUUAAGUUUAGCACCACCUGAACAUGCUCCCAAUCCCAACAUGCUUACUUUCGAUGCGGUAUUGAAACAUGAUCAACGCCUGGCUUAUAAUGCUGAGACAACGACAGUCAACGAUGUUGCUGGCAGUUUAAAAUCUUUCAGUCUCCACGACGAUGGCGGCUUGGAAGAUGAGAGCAUGUCGGAAUCGCAACAGGGCACUUUUAAAACUUUCAAAACAUUUGCUUCCAACUACAGUGCUUGUAGCAAUAUGAGUUUUAAAAGGCUGCUGGUGGGAUUUCGUGCAUCGUCCGACUUGCAUAAGGAAAUGCUUGCAAUCUUAACCGCACUUACCGAAAUCAUACGCGAGCGUGGGGGUACAGAGUCAUCGACGGACUAUUUCAUAUUGCUUAUGGAACAGAUUGAAGCUAGCACUGAAGACAAUGAUAUAAUUGCGGGCAUUUCGCUGUUAUCAAUGGGUAUCAAAUCGGUGCCAGCAGCGGUGUUGCGCAAACGAUUUGGAGAGACGGCUCAGACCUUUUUAUCAUGCUUACAACGCUUUAUGGAGUCAGCGAAUCAGACCAUUGUAAAAUAUAUAAUUGGUUGCUUGUCCGUACUGCUUUGUGCCCAAGAACAUAUCACAUGGACUUACUCCUCCACUUGGCAAUACAUUGAUGCCAUACUUUCAUUCACCAUACAUUCAAAGCCUAAAAUUCGGAAAGCUGCGCAACACGCUAUUGUAUCAAUCAUUCAUGGCAGCUCCUUCAUGCGACCUACCCAUGAAGAAGAGGCCGAGGAUGCUGAUUAUGUAGAACAGCGGAGAGCUAAGCACCAUCCGGCCAGCAGUCGCGUAACAAAAUUCUGUUUAAACCAAUUUAAGCCUGAGGUUCUAACCAAUUCGCAGACAACAGUGCUACAUACGCUCACACUUCUCAAAGACAUUGUGAAUGGCUUUAAAAUAGAAGACAUCCGUUCAGUUUGCGAAAGUUUACUUUCCAUCAUGACUGCUGCUAAUGUGCUCAUUCGCACCAACUGCUUCCAAGCUCUGCAUUCACUUUUCGCGUCACGAACAACCAAUUUGAAUGGUUCUUUGUGUGCAAAAUUGCUGGCUGCUAUACAUGAAUAUCGCCCGGAUCGUGCUGAUGUGCGUCAAACGGUAGCUUGGAUUACGGUGCUAAAAGAAGGACAUAUUCAUCUGGCAUUAUUGGAUUUGAACUUAUGUAUGAAUGCGUUGCCAAGAUUUUUCGAUAUUUGUGCCACUGACUUGUGGAUGUCCGAGCGCACAGAAAUAAUUAAUAGUGUUUCGAAUUGUAUUAAGGAGAUUUUAAACGAAUGUAUUAAGUCGGCUUGUGACACAACUGAAAAAGCUGAAGUGUACCGCAUUCCAAUAAUGCGAAUAAUCGCCACAUUAGAAAAGGUACUUAACGCACCCUUCGGCGAAAUAGCCAAACAUGUCAUACUUAUAUUUUCAAUUGUCUUUGAAGUAUGUGGCAAGUAUUUUAGCAAAGAACUGACACCAUCACUUCAGACGCUUUCAAAGCGCUACGACACACAAAGCACACUGCGUGUGCAAAUUGAGCACUCUAUAAUUGCGGCAAUACAGUCAAUGGGUCCGGAGAUUAUUUUGAAAACUAUACCAUUAACAAAUAGCAAGGGCGAAGUUUUGCUCGAACGUUCAUGGCUGUUACCGCUGCUCCGUGAGGGUACCAAAGGUGCUUCAUUCAAAUUCUUCAAGGAGUAUAUUUUGCCUUUGGCUUUGGAUUGCAAUAAUAAAUGGCAUAAAUAUGCCCAAGAGAAACAACAAUCAAUGUCACAUACUUAUGAGCUGUUGUGCUGUCAACUUUGGGGCUUGUUCCCAGGAUUUUGUCGUGACCCAGCAGAUGCUGAAAAUCUGCGCUUAAUUGCGCCCACUCUUGGCAACGCUUUGGAUAAUAAUCCAGAAUUUCGUGCACCUAUUUUCGAUGGUCUCACUGAGUUGAUUGGAAAUGAGGAGAACGUCGAAAUUAAAGAAGCUUUGGCGAAGUAUUCUAAAAACUUCUUGCCGCGUUUAUUCAAUAUUUACGCACAAAAACCAAAUGGCACAUACGAAGCGGAUCUGCGCAAGAAGGCAUUAGAAGUAAUAAAGUUGUACCUAACAAGAACAUCAGAAGAUGUACUGAAGGAACUCUUCGAAACUGCAAAAACACAACUGUCGAAUACAGCGGUUGGAACAUUCGAGUAUGAUGCAAUUUUUGAUAUCAAUGCUGCGCUCCUGCUAUUUCAAACCAGCGAAGUUAUACGCGUUUUCUUCGAGACCUUCAUUGUGCCCGUUUUGAAGAAUGAAAAAUCUAAGUUGGUAUCUAAGGAUGAUCAAAAACUGAAAAAGCAACAACGUCGUACAUAUGAACUUCUUCGUGAUAUAUUAACUUCCGAGGCAGCUUCUUGUCAGAAAUUCGGCCGUAAGAAUAGUAUCGCCUUGCAAAAGCUACUUUUGGAUGCAUUUGUUACGAGUUGCGCCGUUUGUCAGGCUGCGCGCUUAAGAUGUUUAAAAAUUCUUAUUGAAAAUCGCAAAUCUCUUACUGUGAAUGACAAAAUUGUUAUGAAAACUAUACCAGAAGCUGUGAUCUCUUACAAGGAAUUCUCGACGCGCAAGGAAAAUGUUUCAGAGGAGCUCAUCAUAUUUUUGGCUAAUCUAUACCAGGAAGCUGGUAAACUGAACGACUUUGUUGAUAUACUAACAGCAGGCUUUGCAGGCGACGACUCGCUUAUUACAAAUACGAUUUUGGCCUUCCGCGCCGUUGUACAAAAUCAGGGGAAAAAUUUAACUAUUACCACGCUCGAAUUCAUAAUGGAACAAAUUCUCGUUUUUCUUGUGCAAAAAGCGCGUUCCGAAGCCGAAGCUGCUGUAGCGUUUCUAAUUACAUUUAUAAAAGUGAUGCCUUCGCCGUUUGUGGCUAAUCAUUUGGAUACCAUAAUGAAAUCUCUAUCUGCAAUGUCCAAAGAUACCAAACGUUAUUGCCGUAUACAAAUUGGGUAUUUGUUAAAGAAGCUUUGCAAGCGGUUCACAGCUGAAGAGCUAAUUAAAUUUGUGCCUGGUGAUGAUGAAGUAACACAUCGGCGCCUGAAGAAAAUACGAAAGCAAAUGCGUCGUGAAAAUAGAAAGCAACUGAAUGAAAAAGAUAAGACCGAUGACGACGAUUCGGAGAAUGAAUUCGUCGCUGGGCUGGAAAAGAAGAGCACAACCAUUGAUGACAUAUUGGCAGAUUCCGAUUCAGAUUUGCCAGAAGAUAUGGAUGCGGAUAAUGGCGAUCAUAAUAAAGCUGAGAAAAGGAAACCGAAACGCAACAGCACUUAUAUACGUGAAGAUCCAGAGGAUAUUGUCGAUUUGGCUGACAUUAAGUCGAUAGGAAAUGUGCUAACAAACCGACCAGAUGAAGCCGCAAGUGCUGCUGGAAGCACCAAAUCCAAGAAUAGGGAUCCGAAUCGUGGUUUUAAAACCGCCGAGGAUGGAAGACUGAUUAUAAGUGAUAAAGCAUUGCGCGGUGCUGGUGGUGAUGACAACAGCAGCAGCAGCGGCGAAAGUGGCGAUGAUGAUGACGAUGCAAUUGAAGCUAAACGAGCGCCUAAACGCGGCAUGGAAGUGGACUCUAGUGAUGAGGAGGAACUGUCAGCUACAAGCCGCAAACGUAAAGCUACCGAUGCGAUUAGUAUGCGUUCGGGUAAGACUUCAGCUUCGAAAUAUGUAGCCGGUGGCAAAGGUAUUCAUCGGCCCUUAGGCGCCGCCGGUAGCGACGCGAUAUCAAUGAAAUCCGGCUACUCUGCAAAGUCGGCCAAAUCUGGCAAAUCUACAGCGGCUUCAGCCUACGCCGGCAGCGAGUAUACAACUAAGAAAGCUAAAGGCGAUAUGAAGAAGAAGGGCAAGCUCGAUCCCUUCGCGUACAUACCACUAAGUCGAAAUACGCUAAACAAAAGAAAACGAGCAAAACAUUCGGGCACAUUUAAGAAUAUCGUAAACGGAGCACGGAAAGGUGCGCUGAGAGGCGUUAAACAAAGAGUCGCUAAGCCUAAAAAACAAUAAGCUAAUAAAACGAAUGCAAUAAACUAAGGCUAUGUAUGUAUGUGUACAUAAAGAUUAUAUAUGAAGUAAGCUACAGUUACUACUGUUUCUAGUGAGAGUUAUAAAUCAAAAGAUUGCAUAAAAUAAAGCUAAAAAUUACUAUUUAA